AUGGCUAAUCUCACAGCUGCUACCAAGGCCGAGUUGGCUCUUGUUCUGCCCAGCUUGCUGGUCGUGAGUCACCUGGAACGAAAUGGAAAGCUUCCCUCGAGCUGGCUGCCACUAUCCAAGACGUACCGUCGAGCCGCCCACCUUGGUAACGGGAAAUCCGUCGAACUUACUUCCCCUGACGGUGAAGGGAAAGUGUGGAGUGAUAGAGAUAUUAUCGAGCACUUGGUGGUAUCUAAAUCGAAGGGACCGUCCCUACGGAGUGCCUUGGUCGAAGAAUGGGUACGACGUAGCCACGAUUUUGCUCUAAGAAAUGCUCUGAGACUUAAUCAGUCACUGCGAGAGCUAGAGUCCCACCUUACCUUGCGUACAUACAUUUCAGGAAGUUACAAGAUAUCCGUCGCCGACGUUGCUGUGUGGGCAACCAUUAGAGGCAACCCUAUUGCCCUAUCCCUCGUCAAGACGGUCUGCUGCAAUGUUUUACAGUGGUAUAGCUUUAUCGAAGCCUCGAAUCCGUGGAUCACGGAGGCGAUUGAGGAGCUCACCUCUGCCGAAAUUAUAGAACGCGCUCGAGAGAAGGCCGCUCGCUCUGCUGCUGGUUCCAGCUUCGAUGUGGUAGCCUUACCGAGAGUUGAUGGUCUUAUGGUCACUAGGUUUCCUCCUGAGCCUUCCGGCUAUCUUCAUAUCGGGCACGCCAAAGCAGCGCUUCUUAAUGUUUAUUUUGCCCACCAGAAACCUGGCGGUGUUCUCAUCUGCCGAUUUGAUGACACUAACCCAUCCAAGGAAUCCAUGGAUUUUCAAAGUUCGAUUGCCGAGGAUUUGGCCUUGAUAGGCAUCGUUCCUGACAAGACGAGCUAUUCUAGUGACUACUUCGAGCAGAUGCAUGACUUGGCCAUCCAGUUGAUCAAGGACGGCAAGGCAUUUGCCGACGACUCAGAGUUAGGCAAAGGCGAUGACAACAGGAAGAACCGCCUUCCCUCUAAUCACCGAGACAUGGGCAUUGAAGAGACACUGGAGCGUUUCCGCGAGAUGAAAACCGGGUCCACCGAGGGUCAAAGAUGGUGUCUCCGUGCUCGCAUUGCAUACGAUAGCCCUAACGGCACCCUACGUGAUCCCGUCAUCUACCGCGGUAACCUCGCCAAGCACCAUCGCACAGGUACUAGCUGGAAGGUGUAUCCGACAUAUGACUUUUGUGCGCCUGUCCUGGACUCCAUCGAAGGCAUCACUCUAGCCCUACGAACUAACGAGUACCGCGACCGCAACGCCCAGUACGAGUGGAUCCAGAACGCUCUCGGUCUGCGCCCAGUGCCUAUCUGGGAUUUCAGUCGACUGAACUUUGUCCGCACUGUUCUCUCUAAGCGGAAACUGGCGCGUAUCGUGAAUGAAGGCAAGGUCUGGGACUGGGGUGACCCGCGAAUGCCGACUAUCAGAGGCAUCAUCCGCCGUGGUGUCGCCGUGCCCGUCCUCCGCGAGUUCAUUUUGAAGCAAAGCCCCAGUCGUAACAUCCUGAAUUUGGAGUGGGGUACUUUCUGGGCCGGUAACAAAAAGUACAUUGAUGCGGUGGCCCCCCGGCAUGUUGCUAUCGCGGCGGGCCACUCUGUGUAUUGUGAUGUGAUCGACCGAAACAACGACGGUUCGCCUCCCGAUGCUGCGGUUCUUGACGUGCCAAAGUAUGUUAAGAACCCGGGCCUAGGUACUAGGAAGAUCCCAACGGGCAAGACUGUUAUCAUCGAGCAGGCCGAUGCGCAGAGUUUUGAAAUCGGGGAGAUGGUCACGCUGAUGAACUGGGGUAACGCUAUCGUACGCGAUAUCUCUACGACCCAGAGUGAUACUGACGCCGCCGACACAGCUGCUUCAGGCAGCAAUGACAAGAGUAAUAUCGUCGUGAAACAUCUGGUCCUAGAAUUAGACCUCGGCUCGCGUGACUUCAAGAAGACCAAGAAGAUAACCUGGCUAGCAGCUGUGGAAGAAAAUAUGAUCCCGGUGGAAUUGAUGGCCUUUGAUCAUCUCAUUACUAAAGACAAGCUAGAGCCUUCGGACGUGCUCGAGGAGUGCCUCACGCCAGUAACACAGUUUAUAACCCAUGCCUUUGCGGAUUGUAACGUUGUGGGCCUAAAACAAGACGCUGUGAUACAGUUUGAGCGGAAGGCAUACUACCGACUAGACGUGUCUUAUCAGGGCCGUGACUCGUCGCCAAUGGUAUUUUUCGAGAUCCCCUCUGGUGGAAAGUAG